GCAGGUGACAGCAGCACACUACUCUCCCUGCUCUCCUGCCUUUGCUGGCAGAAGUGCCUUUUCCAAGAGUCUGCACAAUACUGAUCCUUCUGGGAGGUCAGCCAUGGGUGUGAGAGGCUUGCAGGGGUUUGUGGCAAGCAGCUGCCCACGUGUAUGUACAGUAGUGAAUUUCAAAGAGCUGGCCGAGCAGCACCAAAGCAAGCAUCCCGGAUGCACUCCCACUGUCGUGGUGGAUGCCAUGUGCUGUCUCCGGUACUGGUAUAUCCCUGAGUCAUGGGUUUGCGGUGGCCAGUGGAAGGAAUACUUUUCUGUCUUGCGAGAUUUUGUGAGAAUUUUUACAGAUGUUGGCAUCAAGUUGGUAUUCUUCUUUGAUGGUAUGGUGGAGAAGGAGAAGAGAGAUGUUUGGGUGAAACGGAGACUCAAGAACAACAGGGAGAUUGCCAGGAUUUUCCAGUAUAUCAAGAAGCACAGGGAGCAGCCCAGCAGGAGCAUGUUCUUCAUCCCCUCGGGGCUGGCCAUCUUCACACGGUUUGCUCUGAAGACGCUGGGCCAGGAAACUCUGUGCUCCUUACAGGAGGCUGACUAUGAGGUGGCUUCUUACGGCCUCCAGAAUAACUGUCUAGGGAUCCUCGGAGAAGACACCGACUACUUAAUUUAUGAUUCCUGUCCCUACUUCUCAAUCAGUGAGCUCUGCCUGGACAGCCUCAACACCGUCAUGUUCUGCAGGGAGAAGCUCUGUGCAAGUCUUGGCCUCUGCCUGGCAGACCUUCCGCUUCUGGCCUGCCUGCUGGGCAACGAUGUCGUCCCGGAAGGCAUGUUUGAAAACUUUCGGUACAAGUGCUUGUCCUUCUAUACCUCCGUAAAAGAGAACUGUGACAGGAGAGGCAGCAUCAUCUUAGCUGUAGCAGACCACAUAGCUAAAGUCCUUCGCGUGUAUCAGGGUGAGAAAAAGCUGGAAGAGAUGUUACCUUUGGGACCAAACAAAGCUCUUUUUUAUAAGGGGAUAGCAUCAUAUCUUUUACCAGGACAGACAUCUCCAUGGAUUCCCCCAAAAGCCAAAGCUAUAACAACUUUGCACAUGCAGGUAGUAUCCGUGGGUUCAGACCCUGAGUCCAAGCAACAAAGUCCUGAGAGUUCAGACCCUGAAUCCAAACAAGAAAGUCCUAAGAGUACAGAUUCUGAAUCCAAACAAGAAAGUCCUGUGUGUACAGACCCUGAAUCCAAGCAAGAAAGUCCCAUGUGUACAGACCCUGAGUCCAAGCAGGAAGACCCCAUGUGUACAGAUCCUGAGUCCAAGCAGGAGGUUCCCAUGUGUACAGACUCUGAGUCCAAGCAGGAAGUUCCCAUGUGUACAGACUCUGAGAUCAAGCAGGAAGUUCCCAUGUGUACAGACCCUGAAUUCAAGGAGGAAGACCCCAUGAAUAUGGAGCCUGAAAGCCAGCGACAAGUAACCAUGGUUACAGACACUGAAAUCUUAAAGGUUGCUAGAGCCCAGCACGUCCAGGCGGAGAGCUACCUGGUGUACAACAUCAUGGCCAGUGGGGAAAUCGAGUGCAGCAACACCUUGGAGGAUGUCCUGGACCAGGCCCUGCCCAGCCAGGCUUUCGUCUACCGCCCGGUGCGGCAGCGUGUCUACUCCCUCCUGCUGGCGGAUGGCCAAGACGGCGCCAGCUGCCCACCCGUCCAGGAGUGGUUUGUGUACUCUGGGAACCCGCUGACACACCCAGACCUCGUCAGGCCUCUGCAGAUUAGCCUCCCAGGGGGAACGCCUAGUUUGAAACUGCUGUGGCUGAACCAUGAGCCUGGGACCCAAGCACGGCGCAUGGAGGUGCUCCUCGCCUGCUUCGACCUCUCCUCCUCGAGCGAAGAGCUGCAGGCCGUGGAGAGCCCCUUCCAGGCGCUGUGCUGCCUCCUCACCUACCUGUUUGUGCAGGUGGACACACUGUCCCUGGAGGACCUGCAUGCUUUCAUUGCUCAGGCCCUGUGCCUCCCAGGGAAGUCAGCUGGGCAACUCGCAGACUUACAGCUCGACCACGUGGACCCCAGAGCCGUGCAGCUGGGCUCCCUCCUGGUCCGAGGCCUGACCAUGCUGCUGCUGGUCAACAGCGCAUGCGGCUCGCCCUGGAGCACAAGCGACCUCAUGCCAUGGAACCUCUUUGACGGGAAGCUAUUCCAUGAGAAGUACUUGCAGGCUCAGAAGGGAUACUCGGUGGAGGCCCUCGUGGAGCAGAACAGGGCGCUGCUCACCCAUUUCCACCAGCUGAAGUCCGUGGUAUGCAAAGCCUGCCAGCGGGAGGACCGGCGCAUCGCCAGCCGGCAGCUGUGGCAGCCGCUUCACUCAGCGAUGGAGAGCUCCUGCGCAUGCGCCCUCAGUGACCGACAGGUGGAGGAGGCAGAGCGUCCUCUGACUGCUCCGUGCCUGCCCGUGGCAUGGGCCUCUUGUUCAUCGUGAAUUCCAGUGAUUUCAUGGCCUCGUUUGGUCAGCAUCCACGCCUGUGGCCUGAGCAGCUCCUUGUUCUUUCUUGGUGGAUAAGAGGCCACCAGCUUCCUCCCCAGAGGGCUGUCCUCGUUCUGCUCGGCAUAGCCUUGCACAUAUCCUUCCGGAGCCUUUGUGUACGAGGUCAGGACAGCACGGGGGCACGUCAGCUCCUGCUAGGUGCCAUGUGGGAUCUGAUGCAGGGUGGAGCCUGGGCAUCAAGGGACUGAGGGCAGCGAGGACCGUGGGGGCGGGGAGGCUCUGGCCUCCCAUCUUCUCCCAGGUGAGCCUUUCCUGCCAGCACAGGCAGGUUGCCCAGGUGGGACUGCAGGGCUCUGCCCACUGAGGUAGCCACACGGGAAGCCUCUGCGUGUGCAGAGCAUGGUCAUGCUAGCAGGCACCUUCAUUCCUUGUGAAACACAUGUUUUUAACACACAUGUACAUCGGACCUAGUCAGACCUCCUGUGUUAAAGUUGGUCAGGACAGAUGUUUAAGGAGCUGAGGGGUGGGAGUGGGCGGUGAGGACGCGUGGGGUGAGGGUGUGUGAAGGACGUCUGGAACGUUGGGUCUGGUGACCGAGGCCCUGCGCUGGUCCUCACUGACGGGUCCUCGCUGGCAUGGAUCCUCCGGUCACCAUCACAGGCCUCAGGGCACAUAUCCAACCACAGGUCUCCGUCCCCCAGCACUGGCACAGGCCCCACCUGCGUUUUCAUGGGCUCUCCCUCUGAUGAUAAAGACAGAAGGUGGACGCUGCUGCCCCUGCUCCAGGCCUGCAUGUGGCAUUUCACGGGGUCGGGCAUUGGUGCCUGCUCAUGUGCUGGUGGUGUCC